AUGGCAUCUCCCUCUCAACAGCGCAUCCUCAACCGCGCCGGCGCCCCCACCACCCCCCUCAUCCUCGCAGCCGCCGACUUCGCCAAAACGCACCUCUCGCCCCCCACCUUCAACCACGUAAUGCGCUCCCUCGGCCUCGCCUUCGCCAUCGCCAAAAACCGCCUCGACUCGAAGACUAUGGAUGACGAAGUCGUCGCCGUGGCGUGCAUCCUGCAUGAUCUCGGCUGGUCCUCCACUCCCAGCCUCAUCUCCGCGGACAAGCGCUUCGAGGUCGACGGCGCUGAUGCUGCUCGUGCGUUCCUCUUGCGUGAGGCGCCGCAUUGGGUGCCGCGGAGGGUGCAGCUCGUCUGGGACGCUGUUGCGCUGCAUUCGACGAAUUCGAUUGCGUUGUUUAAGGAGGUCGAGGUUGCGGCUGUUGCGAGGGGUGUUACGGCGGAUUUUGGGGGGCCCGGGGAGAGGGUCGAGGAUGGGAGUGAGGGGGUGGAGAGGGGGGAGUAUGAGGCUGUUGUUGAGGCGUUUCCGAGAACGGGGUUUGUGGAUGAGGUGGUCAGGGUGCAUGAGGGGUUUUGUAGGAGUAAGCCGGAGACGACUUAUGAUAAUUAUGUGCGGGAUGUUGGGGAGGAGUUGGUGGAGGGGUAUAGUAUCAAGGGUCAUACAUUCCUCGAUCGUCUGAAGGAACGGACGAAGCCUUUGGAGUCUAAAUGA